GAAGGGAGGGGGGGCUGGCAGGACCAGCUCUCGACACAGCUGGGAGGGGAGAAACGGAGGGAGAGAUGGAUGGAGAGGGAGUAGGUAAUCCAAUGAGACACAGAGAGGAGAGGCAGAGCGAGGGCAACGCCUCAAAGCACCAGGAAUCUCUCUCCAUCGCACUCUCUCUUUUUUCUCUUUAUACCCAGCAUCCUAGCUCGCUCUCGUCCGGCUCUUGGCGCUAACUGGAAUCCAGCUUUUCCUUUUAUUUCCUGAGGUGGCAUUGUCAUCUUUGUGUAUUGUGGAGUCAUCUCGCUCGUUCAAGGAGUUGGGAUAUCGGUUAGUGGGCCUUUUUUUUUUUUAGCGAGAGAGGAGGGUGAUGCCUUCCUAGCAUUUCAGGUGCUAUGUCGCCUCUUGAACUCUGACGUCUUCUACGGAAGCCUGGACCCAUCAUAAAAAGGAGACUCUAAAGCGCGCAUUUGCCGUUUCUUUUUUCGCCGACAUGGACAUCAACCUGCAGUCGCACCGCUUCUACUUCCCGCAGAUCUACUGCGCCGAGCCGGGGGCUCAACCACAGCUAAACGAGUUCAAAGUCAGCGAGCAGAGCAUCUGCCAGGCGAGGGCCUCCGUCAUGGUCUACGACGACACCAGCAAAAAGUGGGUUCCCAUUAAGCCGGGCCAACAGGGCUUCAGCCGCAUCAACAUCUACCACAACACCCCCUGCAAUACCUUCAGGGUGGUGGGUGUCAAGCUGCAGGAUCAGCAGGUGGUCAUCAACUAUUCCAUCGUGAAGGGGCUGAAGUAUAACCAGGCCACGCCAACCUUCCACCAAUGGAGGGACGCCCGGCAGGUGUACGGCCUCAACUUCGCCAGCAAGGAGGAGGCCACCACCUUCUCCAACGCUAUGCUUUUCGCCCUCAGCGUGCUCAGUGCCCAAGACGGAGGUCCAGCUGUACAGCGACAAGUCCAAAAUGGACCAAGCUCAGAAGAGAUGGAAGCUCAGAGAGCGAGGCAGAUGAUUGAGCAGCAGCAGCAGAUACAGGCCCACAUGGAGCGGGAGCGACGCUCCUCCAACUCAGGUUCUCCUUUCCAAGGCCACCCCGCCGUGCUCUCUGUGGCGCCCCCGGUUGUACCUCCUCCUGCGUGCUUGGCAGCGGGGCCUCCACCUCCACCACCACCUCCUGGACCUCCGCCACCCUCUGCCGGAGCCCCGCCUCCGCCACUGCCGCCCCCGCUAGCCAGCCACGGGGAAGAGCCGACAGCCCAGACAGGGCUCGCUGCCAUGAUUGCCGGCGCCAAGCUGCGGCGGGUACAAAGACCGGAGGAGAGCUUGUCCAGCUCGUCUAGUUCGUCCAACGGCAAAAACAGUGAAGUAAACCGGACGAGUGGCGGUAAUGGAGGACUGAUGGAGGAGAUGAAUGCUCUUUUGGCCCGAAGAAGAAAAGCAGCGUCAGAGAAGCCAGACGACAACCAAAGUGAUGAGCCAAAUUCUACUUCCCCCAGCACUAGGGGGGGUCACAAUGCCACAGAUGGCGCAAAAAAACCAUGGGACAGGGCCAACUCUGCGGACAGGGCCAUGGGUUCAAGGAUACGGCUUGCGGGGAGCGGCACGGACGCAGAUGCGUUAGACAUGGACAGAAUGAAACAGGAAAUCUUGGAAGAAGUGUUCCGCGAGUUACAUAAAGUAAAGGAAGAAAUUAUUGACGCCAUUAGACACGAACUCAUUCGAGUGAGCACAGCAUAGAUCUCACCUGUCCAAGGAGAAGGAGUUGGGCCUAAACCGUGCCGUCCAUUAUGGUGUUGAAGAGCCGCCGCAGCCCCCAUGUUUUUGCGGCGCGCAUUGACUUGAGGGGAGGUGCUGUAAGCAUGUGUUUGUAUGUGUGUGUGUAUGUGUGUGUGUGUGCGCGCAUGUGUGUGUGAAGGAUGUCUCCCCCCACCCCAUCUUUGGCCUGAAAAACAUGAAAAAAAACUCUAUAUUCAAAUAGUUAUAUGGUGUCCAGGAGUUUAUUCAACACUUUUUUUUCAAGUCAUCAUUACCCUUACUAUCUUAUUCUUCAUUAUUGGUAUCUUAUUAGAGGGUAUAAGCCAGUAAAAAUGUGGGUCAACUAAAAGAAUAAGAAUACAAUCAUAAAGGUAAUCCAUCCGUUCGUUUUCUAUAGCAGUUAUCCUCAAUAGGGACUGGAGCAAUAGCCUAUUCCAGUUGAUUUAGGAGAGAGGCAGGCGAUACACUGGACUGGUUGCCAGGAAACCACUUGUGGUCAGUACAAAACUGACAUGCAAAUUUUUGGAGAGAAAGAAAAGUCAUAUUUAAUUACUUAUAUGGUCCACAGGAGUUAAUAUUUUUACCCUUGCCAUAUUUCUUAUUAGAGUUUAGUUUAGAAAAAGAAUAUGCCCAAAGACAGCUGGGAUAGGCCCCAACACACCCACGACCCUCGUGAGGACAAGCGGUUCUGGUAAUGGAUGAAUGAUAGUAAAGGUAAUUUUGGACGUUUUUAUUAAUUUGCUUCUAGAUUAAUAUUUUUAAAUGAAUUUAUUUCCUUUUUUAACAGCAAAAUGACACUUUUGACCAACAACAGUCACUGCAAUACUCUUUAAAAAAACACAACACCCCAGAAUAUUUGUGAUCAUGUUAAUAAUAAUAAUUUUAAAAACGUUUAUUGGCUGCCAAGUAUUGUUUAUUCUUUUCUCUUUAUGAUGACAAAGUGCUUCCUUGUUGACAAACAGAAGAAAAAAGAAGAAAUGCACUGUUUUGAAAUGAAUUCAAAUAAAACUGUGAACAUCUUGGAUAAAA